AAAAAAUGUCAAAUACAUUCCGCAUUCGGCAUAUGUGUACCCCCCCCUCCUCUUUUUUCUGGUGUUCCACAUUUAGUCAUGUAUAUAUAAAUACCUUUUAUUUUUUCUUCUAUUUUUUUCGCAUUUAUUUAAAACUACAUAUUUUUAUUAUUUUAUCAUGACACUAAAAUUCAUAGGCAAAUAUUUAAAUAGACUGUAUCGCCAACGCCGGAGGGACAAAAAAAGCCCUAAGCAACUGCCAGAAUCCCGUCUAGACGUGCUGCCCAAAUUCAAGCUCACAGACGAGUAUAUUGCUGAUAUUCGACGCCCACCCACGCAACGCCGCCACCUAGUCAAGUCAAAAUCCACCACAUAUAUGUAUCCUCUUAAAUCCCCAGCACCCGUACACCUAUCCUCAUCGCCACAACCCCACGACAGGUCACUAUUGAACCGCGACCCAAGCGGCAAGGGCAUAUACACGUUCAAAUCCACAUCAGACGCCAUUGAAGAGGAGGAGAGAUGGGCUGAAACAGCUUCUGUCAUGUCUGACACAGACCCCGGCUGUAUCAUUUGCCUGGAGGAAUAUGCCGUAGGCGACACCGUAAGGGUGCUUCCCUGCGGACAUAUCUACCAUGACGCAUGCAUUUCUCAUUGGAUUCUGCGUCGGACACGGUAUAAAUUCCACGAGUGCCCGAUUUGUAAAACCCCUUGUUUUUCCGAUGAGGUUGGGAAGAAAGCUGAGGAAGAGGCGCGCGUGGCUGGUGCCAUUAUGUCGCGCAGAAACAGCCCGUCGAAUCUCUUAUCUGUAUUUUAGUGUUUCUUGUGCUCUUUUUCUUCAUUUUCCAAUUUUCAUUUGUGUAAACAUUCCGUGGCCAGAGCUGCUCAAGAAACAAUACAAUUUUUUUUUAAAAAUUAAGACAAAA